UCCCUCACAGACCAAGUACCCAGUCCACUCCUCUCUUCGUCCAACAGCUCCCCUUGGCUUCCACGGCCACGAGAUGAACAAAACGCAGCGUUUCAAACGAGUGGCGAAACCCAAGCGACCGAUUUCGACGAGCGAAGCCGGGGACGACGUCGUUGACCACGAAACCCGGCCGAAUCACCCCUCCAAAACACUGAGCAUUCGGGUCAAACCCAAACCCAAACCCAAAUUGAACACGUUUCCAAUCCCAGACCUCUCUUUUGACAGAAUGACAAUCCUGUCUCCCGAGUUCUGUCUGAUCGACGCUCUCGAUCUCGCGCCACGAUUGCUCGGCAAGCAUCUCAGGAGGGACGACGUUGUUCUUCGGAUCACCGAGGUCGAAGCUUACCGACCAAACGAUUCGGCAUGUCACGGUCGAUUUGGAAUUACAGCGAGAACAGCCCCAGUUUUUGGACGCGGAGGGCAUGCAUAUGUUUAUCUGUGCUAUGGUCUCCAUACAAUGCUGAAUGUUGUGGCUGACAAGGAAGGAGUUGGGGCUGCUGUCUUAAUCCGUUCUUGUGCUCCCAUAAGUGGAUUGGACACCAUUCAGCACCGUCGAGGUCAGAAAACUGACAAGCCUGUUCUACUUACUGGACCUGGAAAGAUUGGUCAAGCACUAGGUCUGUCAACAGAAUGGUCAAACCAUUGCCUCUAUGCUCCUGGUGGUUUAGAACUCUUGGAUGGUCCAGAGCCUGAAAAGAUACUGAUAGGUCCACGUGUUGGUAUUGAAUAUGCUUUGCCUGAGCAUGUCAAUGCUUUAUGGAGAUUUGCCAUUGCGGAUACCCCUUGGAUAAGUGCUCCCAAAAAUACCCUGAGGCCGCCCUGAUCUAUUAUCCAUCUCUGCAACAAACUCCAAAAUGGAGUGGGAAAGAAACCUUAUCUGAUCAGAAUGUAAAAUAUGAAAUAUUUAAAGAAAAGGAAGAUUUAGCUAUACCCCCCCUCUCUUUUUUUAAUACAUAUCUGUUUAAGGGUAAAUUAAACUUUACCCCCAAACUUAUGCCCUAUAUAUCCUUUGAUUUCUAAACUAAGACUCAUUGUAAUUUGGACCUAUAUCAAAAUAUUCCGAAUUACCGCUCGGUUAGAUA